AUGGUGACGGACUGUAUCUGUACUGUUUUCCGAUUCCGUAACGUAACGAUGCUAUCAUUCCCCCAGAGGGCAAUCGCAGAGAUAACAUGUAAGACUGAUGGAAAUCAUACCAUGGGUAUGGUAGUAUGCGAGCAGCAGUCCUCACCAUUCCGUGUCAAGGAACAGAAUCAACUUCAACUUUACGAUUCACUCACUCAUCGGCGAGACUACAAAACUCGCAUGGUUUUGGGUAGAAGCAUCAAUCCUUCGGAAGCACUGGAGUCGUACAGUGGAUUCGAACGGUCCACGGAUCAGCAAUAA